AUGCGAUCAAUCUACCAGGUUGAACUAAGAAGAAGAACACUAAAGAAUGGAACAACCACAGCUUGUUACUUUGGAACAAUUCACACUGACGCAUCUCUGCUCCUUGCUGAAAUUACAGAUAAAUUUGGGCAGCGGGCAUUUGUGGGCAAAGUAUGCAUGGAUUUGAAUGACACUGUUCCGGAGUACAAGGAGACCACUAAGGAAUCGGUCACCGAAACAGAGAGAUUUGUGUCAGAAAUGCUUCGAAGGAACUAUUCAAGAGUGAAGCCCAUAGUGACACCACGAUUUUCUCUUUCCUGUUCUGAGACUUUGAUGGGUGAACUGGGCAACAUUGCUAAGAACCAUGAUUUGCACAUUCAGAGCCAUAUAAGUGAAAAUCGUGACGAAAUUGAAGCUGUGAAAAAGUUAUACCCCAGUUAUAAAAACUACACAGAUGUAUAUGAUAAGAACAAUCUUCUGACAAAUAAGACAGUGAUGGCGCAUGGCUGCUACCUUUCUGCAGAAGAACUUCACGUGUUCAAUAAACGAGGAGCAUCAAUCUCGCAUUGCCCCAAUUCUAAUUUGUCGUAAAAUAAUUCCUUCUAAAGUGUUUUAGAGGUGUUAAGGCAGGAAAUCAAAUGCUGUUUUGGCUUUAUUUCACCUACUGUAGAUGUGGCUGGUGGUUAUUCAUCUUCCAUGCUCGAUGCCAUCAGAAGAGCAGUGAUGGUUUCCAAUACCCUUUUAAUUAAUAAGGUAAAUGAGAAAAGCCUCACCCUCAAUGAAGUCUUCAGACUAGCUACUCUCGGAGGAAGUCAAGCCCUGGGGCUGGACAGUGAGAUUGGAAACUUUGAAGUGGGCAAGGAAUUUGAUGCCCUCCUGAUCAACCCCAGAGCAUCCGACUCUCCCAUAGACCUGUUUUGUGGGGAUUUCGGUGGUAUUUCUGAGGCUGUUAUCCAGAAGUUUCUCUAUCUAGGAGAUGAUCGAAAUAUUGAGGAGGUGUAUGUGGGUGGAAAGCAGGUGGUUCCGUUUUCCAGCUCCGUGUAAGAGCCUCGGGCAUCUACAAAGUUCUCCUGGGAUAACGUGGCUCUGCAUCUCUCUUGUACCCAGGUGGAGUCAGGAAGUCAAACCAGUACCUUGUUGUGGGGCUGACUAUCUCUCUCUGUGUUUUAAGCUCAGACAGAAGGGAAUGUUACUGCUGGUGGUUUUCUUAUGAGAUUUAAGUAAAAUCUAUUUCAUAUUUGGAAAUGUGUAGAGAAAAGAUAUUUCUGUAAGAUUAGGUAUUUUGAGAUAACAAAUGCGAAAAUUCAGAAACUGAAAAUGGACCAGUGAGUAUAUUUUUAUGAAGGAGCAAAUGUUGGACUGCAAACAAAUGUUCAAAACUGCUUCGGGUUGUGUUUGAAAAUGAUAUGCUGAGCAUACUAAUUGACCUCAUGUUUUAGAAAUUUGCACUUAAUGGCGUUUGCAUUUUGGAGAUGUGUUAUUGUUGUGCUUUGCCUUCUUUGGGGAUGAAUGUCAGAAAUUGAAUGCCACAUGCUUUCUUAAUAUAGUUCUGUGCUUCAAAGUGUUUGGCAGAAGUUGGGUAAUAAGAUUUAAAGUCUCUUAGGAAUAUUACUCAUAUAACUACACUGCAUAAAUAGUUGUAUUUUUGUGUACUUUAAAAUCACCUUAAUGUAUAACCGUGUGAUGUAA